GGGGCAGCCGAGUUGGGGAGCGGCGCGCGCGCCCCGCGAGCCCCUGGCGCGCCCCCGGCGGCCGGGGCCGCAGCGUGCUCGCCCCCGCCGUCAGUUCGCCUCACUUAUGGGUCGGAAACGUUGCGUGGGGGAGACUGUUCCAAGAUGGCGGCGGGUUGCUGCGGGGUGAAGAAGCAGAAACUGUCCAGUUCGCCCCCCUCUGGCUCGGGUGGCGGUGGUGGCGCCUCCUCCUCCUCCCACUGCAGCGGAGAGAGCCAGUGCCGAGCUGGGGAGCUGGGACUAGGAGGCGCCGGUACGCGGCUCAACGGGCUGGGAGGUCUAACCGGAGGAGGUAGCGGCAGCGGCUGUACCCUCUCUCCCCCCCAGGGCUGCGGCGGCGGCGGGGGGAUCUCCCUGUCGCCACCUCCGAGCUGCGGAGUGGGGACCCUACUUUCUACCCCGGCCGCCGCCACCUCUUCCUCGCCCUCCUUAUCGUCCGCCGCCUCGUCCUCAUCACCGGGCUCCCGGAAGAUGGUGGUGUCAGCAGAGAUGUGCUGCUUUUGCUUCGAUGUGCUGUACUGUCACCUGUACGGAUACCAGCAGCCCCGGACCCCCCGGUUCACCAACGAGCCCUACCCACUGUUUGUAACAUGGAAGAUUGGUCGAGACAAAAGAUUGCGUGGAUGCAUAGGUACUUUUUCUGCCAUGAAUUUGCAUUCAGGACUCAGGGAGUACACACUUACCAGUGCCCUUAAAGAUAGCCGUUUCCCCCCAAUGACAAGGGAUGAGCUGCCACGACUUUUCUGCUCAGUGUCUCUGCUCACUAACUUUGAAGAUGUCUGUGAUUAUUUGGACUGGGAGGUGGGUGUACAUGGCAUUAGAAUAGAAUUCAUCAAUGAAAAAGGAUCAAAACGCACCGCCACCUACCUACCGGAGGUUGCAAAGGAGCAAGGAUGGGACCAUAUUCAGACCAUAGACUCCUUAUUGAGGAAAGGAGGAUACAAAGCUCCAAUUACUAAUGAAUUCAGGAAAACCAUAAAACUGACCAGGUACCGUAGUGAAAAGAUGACCCUGAGCUAUGCUGAAUACCUUGCUCAUCGCCAGCAUCAUCAUUUCCAAAAUGGCAUUGGGCAUCCCCUUCCACCAUACAACCAUUAUUCCUGACACUGAGCCGCACAACCAGUCACUGGGCCUCUCUGCAGACCUCUUCCCAGGAGACCCUUCACCUUCAUGGUCUAGCUAUCUCUUUUAUUGUACCAUUUUAUGAUGAUAGUUUCCGUUGCCAUGGUGAAGCUUCGACAUCGUCAAUUAAGAUCAUCAUGGUAACGGGUAGGAAAAUGGCAUUUGUUAAGAAGAUCCUGUUUUAUUAUUUUAGAUAAUUGAUUUUUUUGCAGCAUAUAUAAUUUUUGGGUUUUUUUCCCUUACAAUAUUAUUUAGAAAUUUGCUUUGCUGUCUCAACAGGUAUCUGUCUUUUUAUUCUUGCUUUCCUUCCUGUCUCCCUUUUUCUCUUCCUUCCUACCUUCCUUCCUUCCUGGCUUCCUUCUUUUGACUGUGGAUGGAAGAAAAUGUGGAGUUUAUAAGGAUUUUAUUUAGUUUUGUCUUUAAUUUUUCUCAGUAAGAUAAUUACUUUUUAACAGCUGAGUUUGAGAGUAAUUCAUGUCAAAUUCAGGUAUUUGAUUAUUACUCUUGAAUUUGUCUGAAAUUCACUUUGCUAUGAGAGCUUAUUGUUUGGGUCUUUACUCCUUAACUUUUUGUUUCUCCCAUGGUUAAAAUAUAUGAACUUUAGUUCUAGUAGCAAACAUUCGAAGGUCCAUGAUAGGGCUUGUCACAGAGAGUAAGAUCAUUUAUGCCUACUGUACUGGUUUAUCAUAGAUGGAAGAGAUUGCCUCUUACCUUUUACAACCAAUUCACAAACUAAAACACUGUUUUAAGAAAGUACAAAGUACCUUUCAUUAGGCUACAGAAGUCAUUUUGAAGAACAGCAAAUAUUAGCGUGAGAGCAGAUACAGAAUUUAGUGCCUUUGAGAAGAAUAUAAUUAAGUGGAAUUAAGAGGGGUUGAAAAAGGCAAUUUAGAGAAAUAUUCUUGUAAAAUUUUAUCAUUUCUAUUUGUGAAACAACAGAUUAGACAAAUUGCUUACUUGUAAGUAUUUUUUUAAGCUGAAAAGUUUAUUUUGAGCAAAUAACCAAAAAGAGACAUUUGUCUAUUUUAUAUUAAUUUAAAUUUGUUAGCUUUAGGUUUCAAUAAGUCCUGAUUGGCCAGAGAAAAUUUUAGCUACCAUCUAAAGAUAUGAUAAAGAUAAUCUAGUGAAACAAAAGUUCAUAUAUGCCAUGAUUUCAGAUAUGUUUGUCUGUCAUGGGAUGAUACUAGAGAUUUAGAGAUACUAUAAAAUAGCUCAAAUCUCUUUCUGCACUACAGACUUUUGAUAGAAACACAUUUACUAUGUUGAUAAGAUGUUAUGUUACAACUGUAAAAAUGGAGUUGGUAUUCAAAUAUGCUAUCGUUAGAGCACAGCUCAUUUGUAGGGCGAGUUUUCCCAUGAUGCAUACAAAGAGAACGUACUGAUCCCCUGGAAAAAUGACAGAUGAUUGAUUCUAGAGGACUUUCAUGUUAUGGUAGUAAAAAACUAUACUAUAUAUAUAUAUACACACACACGUAUAUAUACUACACACAUACACACGACUCUGUGUGUAUAUAAUUUUUUCAAAUAAGAAGCCAAGAGAUCAUGUGGUGAAUAAAAGUAUGCUGCAGAAUAUAUAUUCUAAAACUAUAAGAAAUGUCACUGAAUAGAAAAAUUAAAUAGUUUACACAGAUAGUUGCUGUGACAAGUGACAGACUGCUCGUAAAAAUCCUUUUCUAGUUUCUAAGAUAAUCGGCUGAAUUCCUUCUUGCCACUGGAGCAGAGCAAACUGCUUUAGUUUUUGAUGAGAGUUCUUAGAGAAGUUUGUUGGUGUUCCUUCAUCCACAGCAUCCAUUGUUGAAAUAACCAUUUUCAGUUGUGAUGCCUUAACUAAGAAGCCAAUUGUUAGCCUGAAAUGCAAUCUUGGUAGCCAGUUCCACUGAAUCUAGAGAUUAGUCAGGAAAAAGUUAACUGUUGAGCUUUAGAAAGGGAUUUUGAGUCCUGUCCUUUAUACUUGGGAGCAUUUUGGAGCCGAUUAGACUUUCAGUAUAAAAGCAAGUGGCUACCUGAUGGAAACUUUUUCUUGCCCUUAUAGGGAAGCUGAGCACAAGUUGAAUGAUAUUGUCUGCUGCAAAAAAAAAAAAAAAAAAAAAAGUAAAACAAGCAAACUGAAGAGAGACAAAAUAGACCAUUAUUGUUGUGAAAUCCAUGUUAUCCAUCAUCUCAUCAGUUCAACAGGCUCCUCAUCCUGGAUGAGCUUAUGGUUAGAAGUUUUUUUUAAAGCAAAGAUCUAUUACAUACAUAUAUGUGUGUAUGUAUACAUAUAUUUACACAUACAUACACACAUAUGUGUGUGUUUAUGUAUUUAACGGUGCUAAUCAAUCUUGAGCAGGUCAUGUGACUGGUCAUGCGGACUCUAAAAUCAUAUCAGAUUUUUUAAAAUCCUUGAUAUAUGCAGAUGUUAUAGAUUUUCUUACCAGUGUAAUAAUGUUAUACUGAAGAAAUAACCAUCCUGCAGGCUUCAAAGGACGAGGUCAGCAAUAUUUCCCACCGUGGCUUGGGGGAAAAGGAUAGUUUUGUCUCCUUUUGUAUUCAAGUUCAAAGAACAGUGCAUUAUUGUCUCUAAGUAGUUGUUGACUAAAAGACUUUGUAGUGUAAAGGGUGUUAUACAAACUGUAAUGGUGUGCUUCAAACAAAGAAAUGCUAGACCCUUUCACCUUUGUCGUAUAUUACAAAGCUGUUAAAUACGUGGUAUGUUUAAGUUUGAACAUGUUGAAAUAUGUAGCAUGUGUCUUUAACUCGGAUGAAGAUUCUAAUUGCACGGGUUGUGUUCUAGCCAGUUGUGGUUUAUUUGUUCAGAAACACAAAUGUGAAUUGCACUCUUAUCACCAGAAUAUUGUAUAAGUCAGUGAUCUUUAAACAGCUCAAAAGAAAUACUUGAACUUCAUUUGAGUAGCAUAAAAGUUUACAUAGCCCCUUUUAAAUGUUAAUUAGUUCCAUUUAAGUUUUUCCGUUUUCAAACACAACUGUGUAUUUUUCCUCUUGGAAAAUAGUACGCAUUUUACUUUGGUAUGUAGCAAAAGGCUUCCAAUUCUGGAAGGGUUUUCUUGUUCUUAAACAAGGUCAGCCAGGUACAAAAUUCUAAGAGAUCAAUUGUCUCCCCACCCUUCAAGUGGCCUUCUGACUGCACGAGAAUGUGCUACCCCCUCUGUAGUCUCCCCUCCCAUGUGAGGUUCGUGAAAUUGAUGGAGGAAGUGCAAGGCUUGCUCUUUCCCCGCACCCCUGCCCCAUUUAAAGUAGUUAUAAGAUUUUCAGUCCAGCACAUAACAGUACCAAUGCCCAGCACACCAGAAGUUUGUAUACUGGCCUCUUGUCUUCAAAUGUGCAGGAAAUUUGAAACUGUCAUCUGGAAUAGGUUCCAUCUCCUAUGUGUGUUAGAUCAAACCAAAGAUGCCCCCAGCCAUGCCCAAAUGCUGCUCCAAAAGCCUGCCUUCCAGUCCUUACAAAAACCUUGCAGGAUUAAAUGUGUUAACUUUUUUAUUUUUGUACAGUUUCUAAGUGAUUUUUGCUAGUGAUGUUAAAUUGAAUUAAGUUUAUUUGAGGAGUGUGAGCACCUCCUCCAUUUAAAUAAACUGGUGACUUUCCUUUUAUUUUUUAAAAGUGGAAACCCACUGUGUGCCUCUCGAUUUAAGGGUUUCUGAUUACAUUAUUCUUAAGACCAGCAUUGAUCCUUUAUAUACAAAGAUAUGUUUUCCUUGUUUUUUAUUACUAUUUCAGAAGAAGAUGAACCUUUUAUUUUGCUCUGGACCCAGUAAGUACGCUGGUACAUAGACGCACUGAGAAAACAAACUUUUGUAACCACCUCUGACUGCUUUUGUAUAUCAAAGUUGAUUACUUUUGAAAUAUUUGGAUCUAGUUUCUAAGUUAUUUUAGUGUUUUAUAUGUUCCCUGAAAUUACUUUGAAUCGGUCACCAGCAUAAUGAGGUUUUGGUGAUACAAUGGUGAGACUUGUAAUGAGCAAAAAGCUACCUGGAGUAGCUCUUUUUUUCCCUCCUUUCUUAGUAACCCAUUUUUGAUCACAGUGAGACAUCACAGAUUACCUGAAACCCCUUCCAGUAUAAGUAGGCCCUCCUUCCUUCCAGGUUUAAUUGCUUAAUAGUUUGAAGAAACUAUUGGAAAUGGGCAUUUUAUAUGACAUGUAUGGCUUUAAAAUAUUAAAAAUGAGUAAAGAGAAAAAAAACAUGAGAAGGUUUAUGUGGGUCUGUAAGGUAUGGCUGUGGAAAGAUGUUGUAGUAGUUUUGACACUAUUGUUAUUACCUUUCAAAUCAUUUACCCAAUAAAACGUUAAAACC